AAAUCUGGUCCUGUGUUGUAUUUACGGGCAGUUAAGUUAAUGUCGUUUGUAUUCUCAAGGGUUGUCUCGGUCAGUUCUCUCUUUUGCCCAGAGAAAUGGAGCAAAAGUAAAGGAAAAUCUGGAGCUUCUCAUGCUCUCCGCUACUCUUACCAGUUAUAGCUUCUUCUGUGUUUGCUCUAAUUCCGGGGAUGGUGGAGACAAGAAUCUGAGAGGGAGGGAAGAAGAAGCACGGAAAAACUCCACUUUGAUUCCAGUGGCUUGUUAAUAAUUGAAGGUGUUAGGUUUUAUUGUUUUGCUUCUAGGCAGUAUUUAGUGCUGUUUUCUUUAAUUCCUGCAUCUAGGGUCCUUGAAUGGAAGUCAAAAGGUGUCAACUUCCUGUCGCUGAACUUUGAAUUGGAUUUAGGAUGAUGGGUCAAAUGAGUUCUUGGUUUGAUGUUUUGGAGAGAUGCUACUGCGGUUUCUUCAAUCCUCCAUUGCAGGUGGUAUUGGGUAUCUGGGAUCUCAGUUUAUACAAGUGACCUUCUUGGCUUGAAAUGACUUUUAUGCAUCUGUUCCUCUUUUUCUGUAUGUGAACCUUGAGGUUUUCCUCUAUUUAACGGACUGAAAUCUCCCUAGAGGGAACCUCUAGAAACAGUGCCAAUAUCAUUAUUUGUUUUUCAAUUUAUUUUUUAUUGUUUGCAAUUACGAAUCAUGAUUAAGCAGAUACUUGGUAGACUUCCUAGGAAGCCUUCUAAAUCCUCUGAGAAUCGUGAAUUUGGGGGUUCAUCUGCUCCUCCAAAUACUUCCAGUUCUGCAAGAAGCAGUGAUUCUUUGAGUAGUAGGCUGGUAAAUUCAGAUAAUAUGUCGUCUGCAGGCCAUAAUUCUACUUCAAAUUUGGGAUAUAGUAAUGCAAAUAAACUUCCACAAGCUGUCAAUCAAAAACUGAAUGGUGAUUCUGCCACUGUUCCCUAUGAUCUGUUGCCAUCAUUUAGGGAUGUUCCUAGCUCUGAGAAACAGAAUUUGUUUAUUAGAAAGCUUAAUUUAUGUUGUGUUGUCUUUGACUUCACUGACCCGACAAAGAACUUGAAAGAAAAAGACAUCAAGAGGCAGAUGUUGCUUGAGCUUGUGGAUUAUGUUACUUCAGCAAAUGCAAAGUUCACAGAAACUGUCAUGCAGGAAGUUGUAAAGAUGAUAUCUGCUAAUUUAUUUAGGUCACUUACUCCACAACCACGAGAGAACAAAGGUUUAGAAGCCUUUGACUUGGAAGAGGAGGAGCCACUAAUGGAUCCUGCAUGGCCUCAUUUGCAAAUAGUGUAUGAAUUCCUUCUAAGGUUCGUUGCUUCCCCUGAGACAGAUACAAAGUUGGCAAAGAGAUUCAUUGAUCACUCUUUUGUUCUCAAAUUGUUAGAUCUUUUUGAUUCUGAGGAUCCCAGGGAGAGGGAAUACUUGAAAACGAUUCUGCAUCGCACCUAUGGGAAGUUUAUGGUCCAUCGGCCAUUUAUCAGGAAAGCUAUAAAUAAUAUCUUCUUCCGGUUUAUUUUUGAAACUGAGAAGCAUAAUGGAAUUGCCGAGCUUUUAGAGGUAUUGGGCAGCAUAAUCAAUGGGUUUGCGCUGCCGCUGAAAGAAGAACACAAGCUGUUUCUUGUUCGAGCCUUAAUUCCACUUCACAAACCAAAAUGCUUGCCAAUGUACCAUCAGCAAUUAUCGUAUUGUAUUACACAGUUUGUGGAGAAAGACUGCAAACUUGCAGACACUGUUAUAAGAGGAUUAUUAAAGUACUGGCCAAUCACCAACAGCUCAAAGGAAGUCAUGUUCCUAAGUGAGCUCGAGGAAAUAUUGGAAGCGACUCAACCAGCAGAAUUUGAAAGAUGUAUGGUUCCUCUCUUCCGCCAAAUUGCUCGAUGCUUGAGCAGUUCACAUUUUCAGGUGGCAGAGAGAGCAUUGUAUUUGUGGAACAAUGAUCAUAUAGAGAACUUGAUUAGACAAAAUCGCAAAGUCAUACUGCCCAUCAUCUUCCCUGCCUUGGAGAAGAAUGGUCGCAACCAUUGGAAUCAGGUGGUCCAGAACUUGACACUUACCGUACGCAAGAUUUUUUCUGAUGUUGACCAGUCAUGA